AUGUCACAGCCACCACACAAGUUCUUGGAUCUGAGCAAGUGGUCCUUUGAUGCUCUAACACAGCAGCUCCCCGCCACAUUCCCAGCGGACUGGGGUCAUCGCGGAGACCCUUUCGAUCCAAGCAACCAACCCAGAUUGCCGCUCGUGCUCGACUGGGAUGGCCGUCAACUGCUCGUUCAAGUCACAGAUGACAGCUGGAUGAUUCCAUUGAAAGCAAGUUGUGACCCGGUUUGGCGCACAGAGCUCGAGCACGGUCAGAAGUGGCUCCGUCUGGACAAAAUGGUGCUUUUGAUAUAUCAGCUGCUUGAUAAAGCACAACUCGGCAGCAAGGAAGCCCUUUACGGUGUGUGGCGGGAUAUGAAGGCGGUCUUGUUGCUGUGGGCAAUAAAUUAUCGAAUUCAAAAUAUGAUGGAGGCAUACUACAUGCUGUUUCCAGUCGCGUGCAUCGGAGAGCUCGUGACCAUCAACAAAGGUGUACAAGGCUAUCUGUGCAAGUGGCGGCCACAACCAAGAAUUAUCUGGUCGUGCGAGAUAUCACAGGCAGGAUCGAUGAGGGUGGUCGAGAUCCCGUGGCAGGAACUGAUCGACAUACCAACCUGCGUUCGUUUCACCGGAGAAAUGGGCAGUCUGCUCGGAGAACUCUUCAAGCUCACCGGGCCAGAUUUGAAACCAGGCAAAUGA